AGGCAAUGCAGAGCCAGGCAGGAUUUUGCUCUGGCGGUUCUCAAAGUGGGCCUGGACCCCAUUUUAAUGGGGUCGCCAGGGCUGGCUUAGACUUGCUGUGGCCGAAGCUGAAGCCUGAGGACUUCAGCCCUGAGUGUCAGGAGUUGGGUUACAGCCUCCCUGUCUGGGGCUGAAGCCCUUUUGGCUUUCCUGGCCAGAAGUAGGAUGAAGCGCCUAAAAGGAACCGAUUUUAUGGCACGAAUCAGCAAUUGGGAGGAGACGCGGAUACUGCUGUUGGAAUUGAAGGAAAGUCUCGCCUGUGCCCCAGAAGACCCAGCCAGCACAAGCAAGCUCUCCUGGCAGAGCACGGCGUGCGAUAAAAUCCUUCGGGCUUGCAUCCACUGGCUGGGACUAGACAGGAGCUGCCUGGCACACUUUGAAAGCCUCUUGGACCUGGCUGAGCUGGCAUGCCAGGGUUAUAUAGCAGCCGGCCCCCAGCAUGUUCCCCUUUACCUGGAGAAAAUCCUCUACCACCUGCUGAGGAACGUUGCCACCCAGGGAGCCUAUGAUGCCUGCUUAAGGUUCGCUGAGCUGCUCUAUGCCAACCUGGCAAGGUGCCGGCCCCCAGAGGUGCCCGCUGAAGACUUUGAGGCCAUUGCCAAGAGCAGCUUUAGCGUGCUGUGGAAGGGUGCAGAUGCCCUUGCUAAAUCGGGUCAGGCACCAAGGGUGGUGCUUUCAGGCCGGCUGCAGGCCGUGCGCUUUCUGGUCUUUCUGGAAGAAGACUACUCAGCCCAGCUGCCCCUGGAGCCCCCGUUCUUUACCUCCCAAGUCGCUCGUCAAGCUGCAGCUGCUGCUGUGAUGUUUGAGGCCCAAAGGACCCCCCUGAGCAAAGAAGAUGCCCGCUUCUUCAGCGAGCAGCUUGCUCGCCACCUGAUCGCAGCCCUACUGGAUGGGAGGAGUGCAGUGGAGCCCUUGCCCCUGCAGUGGUCCCUAUGCCUGUUCGAGCUCACCUUGGAGCGAUGCCGGCGUCUCUGCAAGAGCAGCUGCUUUGGGGAAGGCAAAGAAGCGAUAGACCAAGCCCAGGGCUACCUAGAAGGAGCUGGUGACAUCAGGAGGGACUUUGCUGCUGCUCUGGGUCUCCUUCGUGCCGGAGUCCAGCUGAACCAGGUGUUAGCACUGGGUGAGAGUCAGGCUGGGCUGCCCCUCUCCCAAGCUGCUGCAGCUCUGAGCUGUGCGGCUGGAGUCCCCGAGCCCCUGCCCAGGGUGCUGGGUGAAAGCUGCCAGUUCAUUGUCUCCUCCCUAAAUGGGUACAUGAAGAAGAGCAAGCGGAGGCUGUUCAGCCUGGAGGACAUCCUUGGUCUUUCCACUUUCAUGGAGGGUUAUUCCUGGCUUCUCCGUAGACUGCUGGAUAGUAUUCCUCCUGACAACAUGAAACCGCAGCAAGCCGUGAAACAGCUACACUAUCACAGCCUGCAGCUCUACACCACAGUGGCAUAUGAUGCCUUCCUGGGUUCCCAGGUGGCAGGGGCGGCUGGACUGGAGCAGCUGGUGGGCUCUUGCCAAAGUGUCAUUACCUGGAUGCUUGAUGCACUAGAGGGGCUCUCUGAACAAGACCAGGUGGAAUACCUUGAUGUCACAGCCUCGUGUGCAUUCAAACUGGCCUAUGGCUUCUACAGCCAGAAACUGUAUGUGGAGGCCAGCUCAGUGACUGAGGUGUUCUGCCAGAAGCUGGGGAUGGCAGAGUCCUGUAAAUAUCCAGAGAUGUCCACAGAAAGGUUGCACAAAUGCUUUAAGCUGCAGGUGGAAAGCUACAGGAAGCUGUGCAGGUUUGAGAAGGGCCUUGAGUCUGUGGCACUCUGGCUGGCCGCGCUGCAUAGCAAGAUCACGGAGCAGAUGGCAGAGCCAGUGUUGCUCUGGGUCAGAGUCAAAAUGGACGCAACAAAAAAUGGAGAUGAAGACUUGAGACUAAAGACUCUGAAGGAGGGCUUGGAGGGGCAUGGCCUGGAUGUAGGGACCCUGGUGUCUGUGCUCUCUGAAGAACUGAAAGCCUACAAGGCUACACGGGCCGACACGGGGCAGGAGCGCUUCAACGUGAUCUGCGACCUGCUGGAGAUCUGCUCAGAGGAGAGCGGCCGAGAGCACGAGCGGGCAGUGAACCUGGUGGAGCUGGCCCAGGUGCUGUGCUAUCACGACUACACGGAGCAGACCGCCUGCUCCUCCCUGGACUCGGUACGGGAGGCCCUGCGACUGUUGGACUCUGUCCCUGUUAAUGCUGAGAACCAGGAGCAGCUCCUGGAUGACAAAGCACAGGCCAUGCUCUGGCUCUACAUCUGCACCCUCGAAUCCAAAAUGCAGGAGAGCAUUGAGAGGGACCAGAGAGCCGGAGACCAGGGGCACAAGAACCUGGAGGAUUUUGAACCCAAUGACCUCAACUAUGAAGACCAGCUCCAAGAUGACAAGUUCCUGUACAACGGCAUCUCCUUCAACCUGGUGGCAGAUUCUGCACAGGCCAAGUGCCUGGAUGAUGCCCUUGCCUUGUGGAAGAAACUCCUGGCCAAGAAGGGAGUCCCAGCAGUGCGCAGUGUCGAGCAGACCGUGGUCUCCCUACACAUCAUGGCAGCGCUCUACAGAAUGAUGGCAAAGCCGCUGCAGUCCAUGGAAAGCUAUCUCCUGAUCAGAAUGCUCUCCAGUGCCCUUGGUGACUGGCUUGGGACAGCCAGCGCCUUGUGUCAAGUGACUAAACUACUGUUUCUGUUGGAGAGUCCCAGUGAGGCCAAGAUUUUCCUGGAAGAAGCAGAGUCCUGCUUGCAAAAGGCUGACUGCAACAGUGACUCCUAUCUGCUGCUGAAGCAAACGUGCCUUAUACUCCAUAGCCAGCUGUGCUGUGCAAACCAUAAGGUUGAAGAAGGCCUCACUCUGUUGCUAGAGGUCCUCCAACACCCAGCCCUGCAGAAGAUCUCAAAGGUUUGGUACCUGCUCCGAGCCCAUGUCCUCCAGUUGAUGGCAGUUUAUCUCAACCUUCCUUCAACCAGCCUUUCACCUAAGCUCAGGCAACAGCUCUGGGCACAAGGAUGGAAGACCCCUGAGACUGCUCUCGCUGAUGCUCACAAACUCUUCCGCAGCAUCCUCCUUCUCCUGAUGGGCGGUGACUUGCUUUCCUCUCCUAAAACUGUCACAGAAACUCAGUUUGUGGAUCACGGGGAAAAUCUCCUGCAGAAAUGGCAGGUGCUAGCGGACAUGCUGGUCUGCUCGGAGAAACUCAUUGCCCUCUUCAGCCAAGUGGAGAUGGUGUGUGAAGCUAAAGCCUUCUGCUUGGAAGCCCUCAAACUCACCAUGAAGCUGCAGGCCAUUCGGUGGUGCGCUGGGUUUCUGGUCUUGAAGGCCAAGCUGGAGCUGCAGCGAAGUGAGCCGGAGCUGUGUCACUCAGACCUCCAACAAGCCCUGUUCCUGCUAGAAUCUGGCACUGACUUUGAAACGAAAGAGAUGCAGAAAAGCGAAGUGAAGAUCAAACCCAAGAAGGGCAGGUCCAAGGGUAGCAAGCGCCAAGGCCCCAGUACAGAGCCUGCCAGGGAAGAGGACGGCUUCCUGAAGGGCCCGUCGCUUGAGUUUGUGGACACAGUGAGCAGGCAGGAGAAGGAGAAUGUCCUGACCACCUCCCCAGUGCUGAAACCCAAGAAAAAGAGAUGUUUGAACUUCCUGAGCCACUCCGCCCUGUGCUCCUGCUCCCUCUGCUCUGACGUGACCCUCUCGGCCGUCUGCCUUCACUGGGCGGUCUCCUAUGCCCAGUGGGAGCUGGCAUCAGGGAACAGAGCAGAAGGGUUAGGUCUCCUCCAGGCUAGUCUGGAGCGCUGUACAGUCAUGACCUCGCGCUUCUCCACCAUGGUGCAGGAGGCAUCCCAGCACAAUGGCAAGAAGGCUGCUGUUCGGGACCGAUCCAUGCUUGGGUUACUGGACGAUCUGGUUGCCAACAUCUAUGCCACCGUGGCUGCUCAAAGCAUGGGUGGCCACCGGCCAGAGAAGAGACUAUGGGAGCUCCUGGAGGCUGGCCUGACAUUCCUGUCUUCCAGAGUGCCCUGCCUGCCAGGUCUGGAGUACCACAAAGCCAGCCUGCUGCUCACCAAAGCUGUGGCUACCAUCUAUAGCCUGGUCUCCAAGCACAACGGCUGCAUGGCCCACAUCUUCUCCAGCGCCUGGGCCUGGAAACCCCCAACUCCCUCCUCUGAGACCAAAGGAUCAGCAGUGACCAAGGCAAUCAAGAGAGAGGAGAAUCUGCCCCUGAAGAGUAAAAGCAAGAAGAUUCCAGUGGCAGCCUCUGGCCCAAAACCCAAAGCCAAGAGAGACCAGGGAGUCAAACCCCUGCCUUUGAUAAAGUCCAGCGAUGUCUUUGUCCUGGGCGACUCAGAUGGAGAGGUGCCCCCGAUCGUCAUUAGACCUGUGAUGGAUCCCUGCACCCCAGUGCAGAAAUCCUUCCCUCCCACCAAGGGUCGUUCGCACACUAAGCCAACCCCUGGCCCCAAGGCUCCAUUCAUGGUGUUCAAUGAGUCCUCCCCUCCAGGGACAAAGUCCCAGCUGCUGAAGGCUCCCAAAGCCUCCAAGAGAAUCAGAUCUCGCCUGAAGGUGGUCUUCAGCGAUGACAGUGAUGUGGAGGAUCCCACUGCAGCAGCCCAGGGGCCAGAGAACAAGGGGCUGGCCGCUCACAAAGAGCCAGGGCCUGCCAGCCACAAGACAACACGGGCAUCGGCCUAUGGCAGGAAGGCUUCACGACCAAAGGCCUUGGUUGCUGACGCAGAGGGGGCCCAAGCCGGCUCUUCGGAUAACUGUCCCCAGAGCAGCAAAGCCAAGCCCCGGAGAACACGAGCAGGCAACAGGAAAGCUGCUGGGCAAGAGAAAAAGGAGGGAGCAGCCCAGAGAGGCCCCUCUGGGCAGGGGCAGGAGGAGGAAGGGGAGCUCCUAAGAACCAUCAAGGAAGAGGAGGUGAUGGAAGAGGGAUUUGAGAUCAGCUUUGAGGUCUUGCGAGGAUCUGAUGAGGAAGAGCCAGCCCCAGGGAGGAAGAGGCUCUUUGCCUACGGGCAGGACGGUGUCGAAGGGGAGCACGAGGUUCUCCGGCGAGAUGCCAGUGCUGAUCUAGAGGAGAACUUCCUGGUGGCAGAGAGGAAAGGCAGCCACAACCCCUUCAACCUGCAGGCGCUCUCCUCCUCCCUGGCCGCCGCUGUCAGGUUAUGUGCUCUGACUGUUCCAGGUGUGGCCUCUCUGGACUCUGUCAGCAACUCCCUGAAAGCUGCCUUCCAGGCCAUCAGCCACUGCCCUACAGGCACCCUCUACAGCCAGCUCUGCCGGCUCUUGGCACUGUGCAUCGGCAGUCGGGACCCCAUCACUACUGCCUACCUGGUUUCGGAGUCCGUCUCUAUCACUGUUCGCCAUCAGCUGAUGAGCAACGUUCACAGGAGACUCUACAAAAUGAAGAAAAAGUCAGCGGCUGACGUUGCUGACCAGCUGCAGGAGCUCACCCUGCAGGGAGGGGACGCUGAUUUGCAGUGCCAGCACCUCUUGCAGCUUCAGAGCUUGUUUGAAUUCAGCUCGGCAGGGCUGGGCCAGUGGGAGACCGAGAGCUUCAGGGAGCAGCUGCAAAAAAUCCCCAGUGGUGUAACCGUGUGCCUGCUGACCCUGGUGAGCCUUCAGCCCGGCACCCUUGGGGACACCUUGCUGCUAACGCGGCUGGAGAAGGACAGCACCCCGGUGACCAUCCACAUCCCAACGGCGCAGAGCAAGGCGCCCCUGAGCUCGGUGCUUGGCGAGUUCGACGCCAUCCAGAAGGAGCAGAAGGAAUACAGCAGCUGCACGGACAAGAGGGACUGGUGGCUGGGCCGGACGGAGCUGGACAGGAGGAUGAAGGUCCUGACCGAGACUCUGGAGAAGGAGGUGCUGAGCUGCUGGAAGGGAGCCUUGCUGCCGGCCAGCCAGGACUCUGGUGUGGCCAAGGAGGCCUCCAGCCUGCAGGAACAUCUCGGAGAAUGCGGCUGGGAAAAUUCAGAUCUGGCACUGCUGAAGCUCGUGUUGAACAGCUCUCACCUCCUCACCCCUCAAGAUGUGCAGUGCCUGGCGUCCGGGCUGUGCCCAGCGCAGCCAGAUGCCGCCCAGGCCUUCCUGCGGGAGGCGGUGGACAAGUGGAGAUCCCGCAGCGGGCAGACAAGUGGUCACCUGGUUCUUGUGCUGGACAAGCACCUGCAGAAGCUGCCCUGGGAGAACAUCCCGUGCCUGAGAACCCUGCCAGUGACCCGGUUACCCUCCCUGCGCUUCCUGCUCAGCUACAACCUUGCUCAGAGGUAUCGGCGAGGGUCCAUCCUCACCUGCGGGGUGAAUCCCAGCAGUGCCUUCUACGUCCUCAACCCACACGACAACCUGCCUGGGACGGAGGAGCGCUUCCGAGCCUGGUUUGAGAGCGAACCCGGCUGGAUGGGGGUGACAGGAGAAGUCCCAAGCCAGGAGCAGAUGCAGUUGGCUCUCACGCAGCGUGAUCUCUAUGUCUAUGCUGGGCAUGGAGCCGGUGCCCGCUUCCUGGAUGGACCAUCAAUCCUAAAGUUGGACUGCCGUGCUGUGGCCCUGCUCUUCGGCUGCAGCAGCGCCGCCCUGGCUGUCCGCGGCAACCUGGAGGGAACUGGUAUCAUCCUCAAGUACAUCAUGGCGGGAUGCCCCCUGGUGUUGGGAAACCUCUGGGACGUGACUGACCGAGACAUCGACCGCUAUAUGGAGGCGCUCCUCCAGAGCUGGCUGAAGGCAGGGUCGGGCGCUCCUCUCCUCCAGCAUGUCGCCCAGUCCCGCCAAGCCCCCAAACUCAAAUACCUCAUCGGCGCAGCCCCCAUAGCCUACGGCUUACCCGUGUCUCUGCAGUGAGGCCCCUGCUCACUGGGCUCCCGGGGGUCAUGGGACUUGGAUCAUGAAAGGGAUCCAGCAACUCAUCCCUCCAGGCUCUUGUAUGAAACACUAGACCUGAAAACUGCCUCCUAGCCAAACUUUUUUCCUCUGGACCACAGCUUCUCUGAAAGUGCCUUGCACUCAGGCACUGGCUUCAACCUGGUCUGUCUGACUCUCGGCGGAAGGCCUCUGGGUGGCUUCUCAUAAGGACUCAUGGAUGGAUAUUUUUUAGCUUCACUGUGGCACAUUUAAACAGCUGCAGUGACUUGCAGAGUGGCUGGUCUGGGGGAAGAAUCGUAUACAUGUAAA